AUGGGUUGGGGCAACAGGUCGCAAAAGCAGGUGGACCCCAACGACCCCGCCGCGCUGCUCGACCAGCUCAUGGGGUCGACGCGCAACAUGACCGAGACCGAGAAGGCCACCGCGCGACCCGCGUGGGAGGAACAGGACGUCUGCCAGAUGUACCUGGCGGGUUGCUGCCCGAACGCGCUGUUUCACGCGUCGCAGAAGCGCUCCGACCUGGCACCGUGCGCAAAGGUCCACUCCGAGCCCAUUCGUGCGGAUUAUCAGAAGGAAAACCCGUCGGAACCGGGAACCAAGCGUCGGGGGCUCGAGCGUCGGCUGCUCAGGGAGCUUCGGAUCCUCGUAAAGAGCAUGGACGACAAAGUACGAUCCACCAAGGAGAGGGUCGAGCUCGAGCAGAAGGCUGCGGCGGCCGCCAAGGCUGCGGAUAAGGCCCCUCCAAACGAGGUCACCGCCAAGGCGCUCGCCGAGGUCACCGAGCAGAUCUCGGAGCUCGUGCGCAAGGCAGAGGAGGCCGGCGACGAGGGCGACGUGGAAACCGCAGAGAGAUCGUUAGCCGAAGCCGAGGAGAAGAAGAAGCUGAAGCUCCAGCUGGAGGCGACUGCGGCGAAACAGGCGGAGGAGAACCUCGCUCUGGCCAAGGUGAAGGUGACCGGCACCAUGUUCGGCGAGCAACACGUCUGCGAGGUGUGCUGCUCCAUCACCAGCGUCAGGGACGAACUCAACAACCAGAACCACCUCGGCGGGCAGAUGCACGCGGGUUGGACGGAGAUUCGCGCGCAACGCGAGAGGCUCGAGGAGCUCUUAAAGGACGAACCGGAACUCGCGCCGCCGCCGAACGACGAGGAGGAAGGCGAGAUCGCCGCGCCGCAGGAGGGUCGCGACAGGGGAUACCGCGACGGCGGCUGGGACCGUCGGGACGGGUAUCGUCGGGGCGGGGGCGGCGGCGGCUGGGACCGCAGCCCGGACCGAAGGGAUCGUCGACACCGCGACUGGAGCCGGGACGGGCGGCACCGGGGCCGCGACCGCUCGCGAUCCAGGGACAGGUACGACGACAGGGACAGGGACAGGUACCGACGCGACAGCCGCGAUAGGCACGCGCCCUACGGCCGAAGGUGA